AUGCCGUACACCAUCCAGCUUCUCCGCCCCGCCAAGCAGCCGGAAUUCUUCAAGGUCCACCCCCGCCGCAGCAACAGCAGCCGCAGCAGCAGCAACAGCAACAGCAGCAACAGCAGCAGCAGUAGCGGUCAAACGUGUCAGGACUUUAAGCAAAAAGCAAAGAGAGAGAGAGAGAGAGAGAAAAGCAAAGACACAAAGGAAAAGCACAACAGGGUGAGCGGGAAGAUGGCUUCCGCCCUGCGCUGGGCAGCGCCACAACUGCGGCGACAGAUGUGCGCGCGCGAUCCCACAGUGCUCGCACGACGUACGGAGGUGUCGUUUCGGAGCCACGAGAUCAUUCCUGAGCGACCCAACAAUUUGAGCUGGAUCACCUUCAUUGGCUUUUGCGUCGUGACACCCAUUUCGAUCUACGCCGGCGCAGAGACAGCGCGAUACUUGGUUAGCUUUGUUGAGGACAACGACAUUUGGCACUACGAGCCCGAUGACGACUGA